UCUUUCUUCCUCUUCUCUCUCUCGCUCUCAUCCCCUUUUUUCCUCCUUCGUUCGUCGUUUCGCCUCGUCAUCGGAUCCGAAUCCGAUAAAUUUCGGCUAGAUCCGGUACGCUACCGACCGAUCCGAGUUCCGGCGACCACGGCGGGAGAUCGCCGCCAUGUCGUCCCUCAGCAGAGAGCUCGUGUUCCUCAUACUCCAGUUUUUGGAGGAGGAGAAGUUCAAGGAGACGGUCCACAAGUUGGAGCAAGAAUCGGGGUUUUUCUUCAACAUGAAGCACUUUGAGGAGUCGGUGCUCGGCGGAGAAUGGGAUGAGGUGGAAAAGUAUCUGUCGGGAUUCACCAAGGUUGAUGAUAAUCGGUACUCGAUGAAGAUUUUCUUCGAGAUCCGGAAGCAGAAGUAUCUCGAAGCCCUAGACAAGCGUGAUCGGUCCAAGGCCGUGGAGAUUCUUGUGAAGGACUUGAAAGUGUUCUCGACGUUUAACGAGGAUUUGUUCAAGGAGAUUACGCAGUUGCUUACUUUGGAGAAUUUUAGGGAAAAUGAGCAGCUUUCUAAGUAUGGAGAUACUAAGUCUGCCAGAGGUGUUAUGCUUACUGAGCUCAAGAAGUUAAUUGAGGCAAACCCAUUGUUUCGGGAGAAAUUGCAGUUUCCUGGUCUUAAGAACUCGAGAUUGCGAACUCUCAUCAAUCAAAGUUUGAAUUGGCAACAUCAGCUUUGCAAGAAUCCAAGGCCGAACCCGGACAUUAAGACCCUAUUCUUUGACCAUUCCUGUUCUCAACAAAAUGGUGGCAGGGUUCCUUCCCCUGCUCCUCCCAUGAUGAACGUGAUGGCAAAACCAGGAGGUUUUCCUCCACUGGGACCUCAUGGGCCAUUUCAGCCAGCAGCAGCUCCUAUACCAAACAGCCUUGCUGGCUGGAUAGCUAAUUCAUCCAAUGCUGCUCCCAUGCCCCAUCCAGCAGCCUCUGGUGCGGUCUCUGGUGCACCACUCGGAUUAGCUGUUCCUCCCAAUACUGCUGCUCUCUUGAAACGUCCUAUAACUCCGCCAAAUAGCAAUCCUGCUGCGGAUUAUCAUUCGGCAGAUUCUGAACAUGUGCUUAAAAGACCACGCCCUAUGGGUAUAUCCGACGAGGUCGGAAUGUCUGUUGCUCAUAUGCCUGUAGGGUACCAAAAUAUGGCAAGGAACCCAUACUCUACAGAGGAACUUCCAAAAAAUGUCGCUGUGGUUCUAAAUCAGGGUUCUUCUGUCAUGAGCAUGGAUUUUCACCCUUCUCAGCCCACCGUUCUUCUAGUUGGCACAAAUGUUGGUGAUAUUGCUGUAUGGGAGGUAUCUUGCAGAGAGAGGCUUGCCCAUAGAUCUUUUAAAGUUUGGGAACUUCCAGCAUGUUCAACAUCUCUUCAGUCUGCUCUUGUUAAGGAUCCUGCUGUAUCCGUUAACCGUGUACUAUGGAAUCCUGAUGGGAGUCAAUUUGGCGUUGCAUACUCCAAGCAUCUUGUGCAUUUGUAUAACUACAAUGGCCGUGAUGACCUUGUUCACCAUUUAGAGAUUGAUGCUCAUGCUGGUGGAGUAAAUGACAUUGCUUUCUCUCAACCAAACAACAAGUUCUGUGUUGUAACCUGUGGAGAUGAUAAGCUUAUUAAGGUUUGGGAUGCCAUUACUGGUGUGGUUCAGUAUACUUUUGAAGGUCAUGAGGCGCCUGUGUACUCCAUAUGCCCACACUCAAAGGAAAAUAUUCAGUUUAUCUUUUCAACUUCGCUUGAUGGGAAGAUAAAAGCAUGGCUGUAUGACAAUGGGGGUUCAAGGGUUGAUUAUACAGCACCAGGUCCUUGGUGUACUACUAUGGCUUAUAGUGCUGACGGAGCAAGGCUUUUCUCAUGCGGUACCAGUAAGGAUGGGGAUUCAUACAUUGUGGAAUGGAAUGAGAGUGAAGGUUCUGUAAAACGAACAUAUGUUGGUUUUCGGAAAAGAUCCCUGGGUGUGGUACAAUUUGACACUACAAAAAAUCGAUUUUUAGCCGCUGGAGAUGAGUUUAUGGUCAAAUUCUGGGACAUGGACAAUAUUAACCUCUUGACAACCACAGAUGCAGGGGGCGAAUUACCUGCCUCUCCCCGCAUUCGAUUCAACAAACUUGGUUCACUUUUAGCCGUAUCAACGGUUGAUAACUGUAUAAAGAUUUUGGCAAAUGCUGAUGGGUUUCAAAUGCUUCGUACUGUUGAAAGCCGGUAUGCUUCUAGAUCAAAUUCUGAGGCGAUCACCAAGACACCUGGUAUCACACCCUUGGGUACUGUCACUGCUAUGGCUGGAUCUAGUGCUGCACUUCCAGAUCGAAGUGCGCCCAUGGGAUCUAUUGUCGGAUUGCAGAAUGGUGACAAUCGAAGUCUUGGAGAUGUUAAACCUAGAAUCAUUGACGAGUCAAUGGAGAAAUCUAAGAUAUGGAAGUUGGCUGAAGUUAGUGAACCAUCCCAGUGUUGUUCAUUGAAACUUUCUGACAACUUGUUACCGGUGAAGGUUGCUAGGUUGAUUUAUACCAAUUCAGGAAAUGCAAUCUUGGCUUUGACAUGUAAUGCUGUUCACAAGCUAUGGAAAUGGCAGAAGACUGAUAGAAAUGCCACUGGCAAGGCAACUGCUCAGGUGGCACCCCAGCUAUGGCAGCCUACAAGUGGUAUACUUAUGACUAAUGAAAUUAGUGAUGCAAAUGCAGAAGAAACAGUCCAUUGCUUUGCACUAUCAAAGAAUGAUUCAUAUGUCAUGUCCGCAUCAGGCGGGAAGAUAUCCCUUUUCAAUAUGAUGACAUUUAAGACAAUGACAACCUUUAUGGCACCCCCUCCAGCAGCAACAUUUCUGGCUUUCCAUCCCCAGGAUAAUAAUGUUAUUGCUAUAGGCAUGGAUGAUUCUUCGAUUCAAAUUUAUAAUGUUCGAGUUGAUGAGGUUAAAAGCAAGCUUAAAGGACACCAGAAGAGUAUCACUGGCCUUGCCUUUUCCAAUGCCCUAAAUGUUCUUGUCUCAUCAGGGGCGGAUGCUCAGCUAUGCGUGUGGGGGACAGAUGGCUGGGAGAAACAAGCUAGCAAAUUUUUACAGAUUCCUCCUGGGCGAGUAGCAAGUUCUCAUUCAGAAACUAGAGUCCAGUUUCAUCAUGAUCAGAUUCAUUUCUUGGUUGUGCAUGAGACACAGCUUGGUAUAUAUGAAGCAUCUAAACUGGAAUGUUUAAAACAGUGGCUGCCACGAGAGGGAUCCGUCACACAUGCAGCAUAUUCAUGCGAUAGCCAAAUGAUAUAUACAAGUUUCACGGAUGGAAGUGUUGGUGUUUUUACUUCAGCACUAAAGUUGAGGUGUCGAAUCAGCCCCACAGCCUAUCUUAACUCCCAACCAAGCUCCAGUAUAUAUCCAGUUGUUGUCGCUGCACAUCCUUCAGAUCCAAAUCAAUUUGCAGUAGGACUAACCGAUGGAAGUGUCCAAGUACUCGAACCUUCAGAGUCAGAAGGAAAAUGGGGAACUAACCCUCCGCCAGAAAAUGGUGCAGGAGGAAACUCUAGCUCGUGCCAGCCAGCUGGAAAUCCUGCUUCUGAUCAACCUUCAAGGUGAUAACGUUGAAUGUCAACUUUGUCGAUGAUUUUAUGCUCUCAGGAUGCAGGGGACAAAGGUCUAACUCAUGGUAAGCCCUAGGAUCAAUGUGUGGAAAUAUUUAACAGCAUGCCAAAUGUUCUGACAAAUAGAAUAACUGACUUGCAAAUGGUAUGAGGUCCCUAAAUGUUAAAACACAGAUGUAGAGAAGAAGAUUAAUGGGGGAGAUUUGGGGUUUACAAGGGCUACGUUUGUUUCAGCUUUUGAUAUAGUUAUGUAGGGUUUGGUCACACUAUUUAAUGAUAUGGAUGAUUUUGUUCCCUGUUUCCCCCUCCUUUGUUAAUGGAAGGUGCAAAUUUUACGUUGUA